AUGGCGAGUGUUACAAGCACCACGAGCGCCUGCUGCCUGGCGCUAUCCCUCGCACUCAGAGGCAAAGUCUCCCUCCCCGGAAGCCCUGCUUACACGGCAUCGCUCGAGUCAUAUUUCUCCUUACAGGAAGCCGGCGUCCACCCGGCCUGCGUCGUCUCACCCCAGACAGCGCAGGACGUGUCGGCGGCGGUGCGCAUCCUUACGACGACCGCCCCUAGUCGCCCCAGCCCUGUAAGCCCAGCAGUAGUAGGCUGCCGGUUCGCCGUCCGGUCAGGAGGUCACGCUAGCUUUGCCGGGGCGGCCAACCUGGAGGGGGGUGUAACUAUGGACCUCUCUGGGCUCUCCAGCAUCGCGCUGAGGCCCCCGGGCGUGGAUGUAGCGGCGGCGGGUGUCACCCCACCCACCGUAUCCGUCGGCGUCGGAUCCACCUGGGGCUCUGUCUACGCCCACCUCGACGCGCUGCAGCUCGGCGUGGGUGGGGGCCGCGCCACGGCCAUCGGCGUGGGGGGUCUCACGCUUGGCGGCGGCAUCAGCUACUUCGGCCCGCGCCGCGGGUGGACCUGCGACAGCGUCACGAACUUCGAGGUCGUCCUGGCCAACGGGACGCUCGCCAACGCCAACGACGACGAGAACCCCGACUUGCUGUGGGCGCUGCGCGGGGGCACCAACAACCUGGCUAUCGUCACCCGCGUCGAUCUGCAGACCUUUCCGCAAGGCGAUCUCUGGGGCGGCCAGGUCGUGAGGCCGUUCGAGACAGCGGACGAGCAGAUAGUCGCGCUGGCGGCGUUUAACGACCCCGAGAGCUACGACGAGUUUGCGUCACUAAUCACGACAUUCGCGUACUCGGGCGCCCAGGACGUGCGGGUUGUGGUUAACAAUAUGGAGUAUACGAAGCCUGUGGCGGAUCCACCCGCCUUCCGAGCGCUAGCCCGCAUGGCUGCGCUGUCCAGCACCCAGCGGAUCACGAACAUGUCGGAUCUGGCGGCUGAGACGCAGGCGAAUAACCCAAGAGGCUUCAGGCAAGCCAGCGCCACGCUUACCAUCACCUCCUCUAUCACAGCCAUCAACGCAACCGUCCUGGCGUGGAAUGCCAGCGUCGCUUCUGUCCGUUCUAUCCCCGGCAUCGUGUGGGCGGUGGGCAUGGACCCGCUACCGGCACUCCUUUACGCAAGACACGCCAGCUCCAACGCGCUCGGGCUGGCCAACCGGGACGGCAGGGCUCUGAUUAUUGUCAACCUGAACAUGGUAUGGACAGACGCCGUUAACGACGACGCUGUCGACAAGGCGGCUAGAGCGCUGGUUGCGGCUAUCCAGCGAGAUGUCGGUAAGCUGAACGCCUUAGAUCCGUUCCUGUACGCCAACUACGCCGCGUCCUGGCAGCGCCCACUAGAGAGCUACGGCGAGGCCAGUGUGGAGAAGUUGCGGAGAGUGCAGAGGGCAUAUGAUCCCGGGCGAGUUUUCACCGACUUGGUGCCGGGGGGGUUCAAGAUCCCGGAGUAA